UUCACCGGUUUCCUUCUCUCUCCUCUUAGGAGCUUCUCCUUCCUCUCCAGAGAGCUCCGCUGGAUUUCUUCCGUCACAAACGCAGGCUCUACACACGUCUCUGCCUGUCCCUGGACAGGGAGGGCGACGGAACCCCACAGCAGUACCUUGUUCCCAAGGCUGCAAUUUCUGCAGAAGUGGCCCGGGGACUUUCCUCAGUCGGAAGAAUAAAUUGACCAGCGCACUCCAUCCCGUGUCCCACAGUUUUGGUCACCAGAAGAGGUAGAUAGGAGAAAGGAGUGGCAGACAUCAGGGAAACGAGAGGGAGCGUGCGACAGAAAAGGAAAAACGCGUGGCAGAGGUGAUUCGAUUUACGAACCAUCCAGAAAGGGGCCAACUUUCUUCUUGCUCCGUCGGUGUGUAGGCGACAGAGGGAAAAACCCCAACUUGGGAACCUGCUGUCGACGUCUGUGACAGAAGCAAGAGAGUCGUGGGUUUGGGUAUCCACGAAAAAGAUGACUGAACAAGGGUAUUCGUAACAGUGUUUUGAAUCGCCUGCGUUCUAACGCGUCUGGAUGUUUCUAGAACAGCAGAGGAUUUUGAUUAAGUUCAGAGAGUCGGUUUAAAUUCAAAAAACGCAGAGAACUACACGAAGCAGAAGAGUCCCUUUUGUGGAUGCAGCAAAUCUCCAGCGUCCCCUGUGAAGAACAGCAGACAAGAGCAAAAGGACAAGGAAGAGGAAGAUAACAAAGUCAGUUUUGGGGUUUUCUUCCAAAGGGCUUAUCACGGAUUAAAACCUCUCGAGAGUUAUAGCUAGGUAUUUAAAGCCUAGCCCCUUAGGUUUUCCCCAAACCCUAGCUGCGGUUACUUGGGAGAUAUCUUAGGAGAUAUUUUAGGAGCACUUCUAGUAACUGCUUUGCAGUUACUAGAUAUUCGGAUAGGGCUCAAUGGCCACUAUCCAACAUCUCCCACUUUUGUUUUUCUUAUCAUCAGAUUUGGGAAAGUGGGAAUCAUUGAUUUGAAACUGAUUGUAAUUGCAUCUUCUAUUAUUAUUGUAGUUGCGACCGCGACCGUGCCCGCAACCAUGACUAUGGUUAGGUUGAUGGAUUCACCAUAGCCAUAAGAGGAGGCAUGGGACUUUUGAGGGGAGUGAGUGUCAAAACUUUGAAGGAGUGGAACAACUUUUCAUAGGAUGGAGGAGGAGGUCGAAUCAUGGCAGCGUCAUUGCCCCCAAGCUGCGUCAAUCUUUAUUCAUCACCGAGUUUUCAGGAACUAUUGUUUUUAUUGACUAUUUUUCAAUCCAAAACUCUGGUUCUACUGACAUUACUCUGGUUCUACUGACAUUACGUGAGCGCGAAGGUAGGAGGGUGUCAGAGAGGCGCGGCCUUUCCCUCCCCCGCUACAGUCGCCGCCCCCAUCGCCACCAGUUGGCGGCCUGUUCGAUAUGCCGAGUGACGGAGUUCUGGCUGCAUCAGCCAUGCAGGAGAGCGAAGUGAGAGUGCGAGUGCGGGUGACGCAUGCAACAGAGCUGCGUCACCGGAUUCGGCGCCUCCUGUAUGCCGGAACCGACUUCAGGUCACUCAAACGAGAACCCCGUCAGAUUUUCCAGCAGCUGCGGCAUCGGGUAGCCGCCUUGAGGCCGAUGAGGAAAGAGCGGCUUCAUCUCCCGCCAGCGUUGUCAUGUUCUUCCUCGUCUUCGUCCUCUCCUAGUUCAGUGGCUUCCUCCGUCGGGUCGACGAAUGGGCGCAGGGCGAACCCGCAUGACGAGCUCCAGGUCCUCAACGGCAACCUGCGACUGUCCACGCAAUGGUUUGUGAGGAAGAAGCGGAGUCGCGAUCUCUCUUCGUGGAGCUUCAUUUCCGGGCCGUCGUCCUGUCCGCCAUCUCCCUCUUCCACUUCAUCAGAUCACCAUUUCAUCCCACUGAAGAGAAAAACACGGAGAACGUCUUCUGGGACGGCCUAUUCCGACGAUGCAGCUCUCUUUGGUUGUCCGUCUCUGGCAUCGGUGUCGUCGGAGAGGUCCAGUUGGUCAGCCUUUUGGCCCCGAGAGUGCGUUGCGUCGAGACGUGGCCGGGCGUUGAGGAGAAAGGCGGAGAAGCUUAUGUUUGUUCUGCACACUGUUGUCGGGUUGGGAGACGCUUCCUUCGCUUACUGCUCUGUCCCCGUCUGCUUAAGUCUCCUCAUGUGCCUCAUCCAUUCAUUAUCCUUUGUCCGCCUUCUCUUCGUCUGCUUCAUCGGCUUCAUCCUCCGCCUAACUCUGUCUGCGUGUUUGCAUGCCUCCAUCAGACGAUUCACCAUGGAUGUGAACUUUUUUGUAUGUCAACUGACAAGUUAUCUACUUCCCUUUCCUUUUCUUUUUUUUGUCUCUUCUGUUGAGAGUUGUUCUUUGUUCUCGUUGUUUUCUUUAAUAUGACAGAUAAACCAUGCAUAAAUCUGGGCGUCUUGCGGUGCAUUUUAUCAAUGUGAAAUUCUAAACCA